ACAAUCACACACUGAAGCCUCAAACUGAAUGUGUGAGUGAGAUGAGGAGUGAGAAAGAGAGCGAGUGUCAGGGAAAUGAGUUCUACUCCACCCACAACCAUCCAUGUCCAAUGUGAGGGGGUGGUGAAACAGUUGAGUGCUUACUGUGCUAUUAACUGGCAUUAUUUGGUUUUCUCAAUCUGGAGAAGAGACUUGUCAAGACUGCUCCUCAUCAGAAUUUCACCCAGUUGGAGCAACAAUGAAUUCUCAUGUGAAACUUCGGAAGGAGAAGGUCGGUGUGGUGGAUUAUGAUACACAAAUCAAAGAGGUACGCUGCCAGCUUACAGACCAACUGAAGGUGUUGGACUUGCAACUUGAGCAGAAGACCCAGCAGCUGCAGGAUUUGACAGACUACCUGCGGCGGCGGGGUGAAAUUGAAAGCGAGUAUGCGCGGUCCCUGGAAAAACUCGCUGAAAGGUUUACGUCCAGAAUUAAGAGGAAGGAGACCAGCAGUCACUCUGUGUCAAAGGUCUGGCUGACUCUGCUUUCUCAGACACGCCAGGAAAGUAGGGACCAUAAUGGACUGAGUGAGAGUUGCUGCAACUUCCUCAUCCACCCCCUCACAUACUGUCUUGAGUACACACAACGCCUUGCUAAAAAGAGUAAAGAUGUCUGUUCUCAGCUACAGGAUGGUCUACUCAAGGGCACCACAGAGCUGCAGACUGCAUGGAGGACAUACUACCAGUACCACACAGAGUAUGUGUGUGCACAGGGAAAGCUGAAGGAGGCAGCGAAACUGGAGGAAAAGCAGAAGCAGAGUGCUGCGAAGAAACUGGAGAGGUUGAUAGAAAAAAGACAAGGUAAGGUUCAAGAGAUACACCUGAAAUGCAGCAAGGCCCGAAAUGACUACCUCAUAAACCUGGGUGCAGCCAAUGCCUCCAUGAAUAAGUACUACUUCCAAGACAUCUCUACUCUCAUUGAUUGUGCAGAUGUAGGCUACCACCUCUCUUUAGGCCGGGUGUUGCAGGCCUACAUGUCCAAACGGAGGCAGGCUCAGCAGAACUUGAGCACAGGGCUAAAGCAGCUUGAAGGGGCCAUGUCUGAACUGGACCAGAGCCACGACAGAGACACUUUCCUGCAGGACAACUACAACACCUUCUCUAUGCCCCUUCGUUUCACCUAUCAGCCCCAUGAUGGCGACCAGAUUUCUGAGGUCAGUGCAGAGAGUGAAAUGAGAUGUGAGCUGGAGACCAGAUUCAAACAGAUACAGACACGAAUGAAAGCGGUCACCCUGGAAACAGAGGAGGCCAGUAAGAAUAUGUUGGCAGCCCACUCUUCCCUGGUGGAGACUAUCGGUGACGAUGAUCUGGAGCCCAGCAGCUAUGGUAGUUCAUCUAAAGAAGGCAGCAUUGAAAAUCUCACCGUCAAGCCUAGUGUGGCCCGGCGCAGGGCCAACCUGCAGGAGAUAGAGAACAUGUACUUCACUAGAGUCAAAGAGUACCUGGUUGGCAGUUCCCUUGUAUCUAAACUGCAAGCCAAACAUGACCUGCUAAAAGUGGCUGUAGAAAAAGCUGAUGCUUCAAAUGGAUAUCAACCUAGACACGGUAGAAAGUCCAUGCGUGUCAGGAGGAAUCACUCGAGUACCAGUUUGACCCACAACCACAAGCUUUUCAAUGGAGACAUGAUGUCCUUCAUACAGGCCUCAGGACAACAGAUUCCAAUUGUUGUGGAAAGUUGUAUCUGCUUCAUAAACCUCAACGGUCUCCACCAUGAAGGGAUAUUUAGAGUGCCUGGGUCUCAGACGGAGGUCAACAACCUGAGGGAUGCAUUUGAGCGAGGACAAGACCCCCUGGCCGAGCAGACGUAUGACAUGGACUCUGUGGCUGGUGUGCUGAAACUUUACUUUAGAAGCCUGAACCAUCCCCUCUUCCCCAUCGACAGCACCAACCAACUCCUGGAGUAUGCUCAAAUCAAGAGCAAGGCGGAGAGAGCAGCUCAGCUCAAAACAGUCAUCGCUUCCUAUCCAGAGCCAGUCAUCGUUGUCAUGCGGUAUCUCUUUGCAUUCCUUUAUCAUGUGUCACAGUACAGUGACGAGAACAUGAUGCAGCCUUACAACCUGGCUGUGUGUUUCGGUCCCUCUCUAGUCAGAGUUGCUCAGGAAGAAGAUGCUGUGACCCUGCAGCCACAGAUCAACGCUCUGGUGACGAGCAUCAUCAUCCAGCACGAGAGCAUCUUCCCCAGUCAGAGUGAAGUUCAGGGUCCAGUGUAUGAGAAAUGCAUGACACUGGAACAGGACGACUGUGAGUCUCUUAUUGAAGAAGGAGAUGUAGAAGCAGAGUACAGUCAUGGCAAAGAUGAGUUGGAAACGUUUUCCUUAGCUGACAGCAGCACCAGCUUGUCUGCAGCACCAUCACAGACAAGCGAUGAACGUCCCAGAGACAGAGACAUCAGCAGCAGUUGCAGUUUUGAGAUCGAUCGAAACAGGUUAACGUGUUUAACAGCAGGGGGAGCCAUUGCACCAGGAAAGUUAAUGUUUCAGCGUCCUGUUGGGCCACAGUGCAGGCCGAGGAGGGCCCCGUCUCCAUUCUUGGUUCACAGACUGAUCCAGGAACACUCAUCUUCAGAGGAUGUUGGUGUUCAAGUAGACAAGGAGGUCUGUCGCCAGAUGGACUCGGUCUUCAAGGAACUCCUCUCUCGUCAAGUACCGCAGGAUCCCUCCUCCUCCUCCUCCACCACCUCCUCUCCCUCUGUCCAAGCUGCCCAAAGGAAAGGGAAGCGGGAUGGACGCAGGGGGAAAGGAGGGGGGCUUUUUAAAUCAGUAGAUCCACUGGACUGAGAGGCAUUAGUAGAUGACAUGAAAAGAGAGAGGGGAGGUUAUAAGUGAAAAGUGAAGUGUGUGGUGACGUGUUCUGACAGCAGCUUUCAGCACUUCUAUUUCUAGAAAACUGACACUGCUGACCCAGAGUCACUUCUGAACGCCCCGUGAUUUGCCUGGGCUUCUUUUCAUUUGAUGGCUCUCGCCUCGGAGGCAUUCUCAUUCGUGGUUUGUGCAGCAGAUCCCUGUUGUGAUGGAGCUGCAGCACAUUGUGUAAACUGUGGAUUACUUGAAUUGCACAGAUUUGUGUAGGUGUUGAUAUUCAACCAUUUCCAUUUCAAGCCAAUGUUUUUCAGUGAUCUUUUUUUUUUCAAGUGCAUAUAUGUGGUGGGUUGUUUUAUCUGAAAUAUAAGUGGUGAGCUGUCUUGGCCAGAUCUUCCUCAUAAAAGUGAUUUCUUUCUAGUUGACUUUCAAGUCAGCACUUGAACAUACUGUUGCACAAAUGUUCUUCAUAAAAUGUUUGUUUAUCAAAAUUUAAGAAGUAAAAAAGUGACUGUUGUAGCUGCAAAUACUGUAUAUUUAUUUGUAAGGAGUUGUUGACUAACAUAUGAUUCUCUGGAUAUCUGGGCUGCAAAAUAAAUAUGUUUUGCCCUCUUUUUUGUUUUUAAUUAGUCGCAAGACGAGGGAAGUUGUUUGAUCAUUUUGACUGUAGUCAUGCAGUUUCUAUUGCCACUGAACUUUAUUAGAAUUUACAGAUGGGUGUUUUUUUUUAAUCCAUCCCUUUUUAUGUCAAUGAGGUAAACAUUAGAGUUGAGACUGAUUAAUCAAGUAGAUUUUCUUUGCCAUUUUGUAAAAUAAUCAGAUUUAUCUAAUUAUUUAAGUAAUGAGCUAGAAUAAUUACUUAUUUAUGCAAGUUUACAUAUUUUUGUUAUCAGAAACAUGAUAAAUGCUGCCAAAUGUAUAUGUAACAAAAUAAAGUUUUAUGAUGUCA